AGCAGCAAUUAACAAAGUCAUUAGUUUAUCACGGUAACGGUGAAACAGUUCUGAUAUAAAGACAACAUUAAUUACGUACACUAUCAGAGUGCUCUGUGGCGUCAACAUGAAAGCAAUGCGUUUGAUUAUGGUGCUGGGAGUCGCAGCUGUAGCGUACAGCAUGCCGAGCAACUCACAAGGGAAGAACUUAAUCACAGGCGUCUUCAUUCCAUCCGAUGCCUUCCAAGACCUGCAGGACCGAGCCAACGCCAACUCCCCACAACAGUUUGUACAGAAUCAACCCAGCUACCAACCGAUUGCUGCAAACCAACCACAGUACCAGCCUGUGAACACGAACCAACCGAGCUACCAACCAAUCAACUCCAACCAGCCGCAGUACCAGCCAGUCAACACGAACCAACCACAAUACCAGCCUGUCAACACGAACCAACCACAAUACCAAUCGUACCCGGUCCAGAACCAACCAACAGUACUGACUAACCAGCCUGCCCAAGUCCAACAACCAACAAACAGCCAACCAUUGUUGGUCCAGGAACGUUUGGGCAACGACGCGCCGGUAUUGACCAACCAGCCUUUGAGUAACAGCCAACCAAUAAACGUGCAACCUGUAAUAUCCAACCAGCCCAAUGUGGUGUACACCCAAGAACCAUUGUCGGCAAACAGUGACUCAAACCAGCCCCUUGUGGUUAUGGCUAAUCAACCAAAUGUACAAGGUAGCCCGUCCAUAUUGUUGGUUCAACAACCAUCGGCCGCAUCCAGUGCACCAAUCUACGUUCAGCAGCAACCGAACCAAGUGCAACCUGCUCAAGUGAUCUUUGCCAGCAAUCCCUCGAAUGGUAACCAGUUACAAGGAGCGGGCUCUACGGUCUACACUCUGAUACCUCUGAAUGCACAGAACGCUGUAAACAGUAAUCCAGGAGGCUCUUACUUAAUCCCUGUACAGUCAAGUAAUUCCAACCCGAUCAUAUUGAGCACAGGAAACUAGAAAUAUUAUAGUCGCUUUAUUAUCGUAGGUAAUAUUUAUUUGCAAUAAAUAGCUAGUUUAAUUAAUUGUGAACGACUGUAUUUUAACUCGCCUUUACUAUUUCUAAACACCCGAAC